AUGAAUUUCAGGACAUGGAAAUCAAGAAUCAAGUCUUCCGACAAUCUUAUUGGUCUCUUCCUCAUGACUUUGUUCGUUGUGGCAUUUUAUCAAACACUUGACGACUAUCGCAAAACGCAAAAAGAAGAACAAUACACUACAAACUACGAAGAACGAAAAUCGCACAAGAAAGACAGAAUGGCCGAUUCCGAUCAUCAAAGCUGCAACUUGUUUUCAGGCAGAUGGGUCUUCGACAACGCAUCAUCGUAUCCUCUGUACGAGGAGAGAAAAUGUUCUUUCAUGAUGAAUGUGUACGCCUGUCAGAAAUACGGCAGAAAGGAUUCCAAGUAUCGAAACUGGAGAUGGCAGCCCAAUCACUGUGAUCUUCCCAGGUUUAAUGGCGCGGAAUUGCUGGAGAAAAUCAGAGGGAAGAAGCUUGUGUUUGUUGGUGAUUCGUUGAAUGAGAAUCAAUGGGUAUCUAUGCUUUGCAUGAUGGAAUCUUCUCUCAAUCAAUCAUUACAUAAAUCAGUUAUCAGAAACGGCAAUUUGUUCAUCUUUCAUGCAACUGAAUACAAUGCAACAAUCGGGUUCUAUUGGUCUCCGUUGCUCGUGGAAUCUAAUGCGGAUGAUCCCGAGAAUCAUCGAGUAAAAGACCGUAUAAUUAGAAUAAAUUCUAUCGAAAAACAUGCUCGGCAUUGGAUCGAUGCGGAUAUACUCGUAUUUGAUUCGUUUAUUUGGUGGCUUGAUUCAACCAUGACUAUCUUGUAA